AUGUAUUAUUUAAUUUUAUUAAUAAUUACAUUAUAAAUUUCCGUUUUAUUAUGCGAUAAUGGUACUUAAGAAUACAAAAUUUGUGCUAAUUAACCAGUUUCCAAACUUACUUAAUUUUGUAUUCUAAGAGGUUAUAAAAUAAGUGCUGAUGGUAAAACAUUUUUACCAAUCACUGCAGAUUAAUGUUUGAAUCUUCCAGUAAAAUAAUAAUGUUCUUUAGCUUGUAGAGAUUACGGUUAUGUAUAUAGUGGUACUGGAACAGAUACUGAUUGUGCAGUUCCCACUACAUGUUAAUCUUCUACAGAUGUUUGCUGUCCUUUAUGUAUAGAUUAAGGUUUCUAAACAGUAUCUAAGACAUGUUAAUGUCCUUAGAAAUAUAUUGUAGGCAUUUAAUGUAUAUCUCUAGGAUGGGAUUAUUGUAUCAAAUACAGUAAAAACGACGUCUGCCCUUCCGAUUGUAUAAGCAGAGGUUAUGUACCUAACGAAAAUUCAGGAUGUUUACCACCAAACUAUUUCACAUGUUAUAAUUAACCUGUAUGUUUUGAUGGAUAAGAUGGUAAAAUGGCCUGUGUAGACUAUGGAUGGAUUGCUUAAGAAGGAAAUAUAUGUAAUUUAAAUGAAUAAAACAGAUGCUACAGUUCAAGUGAAGGAUGUAGUGAUUUAAAUAUAAAUAAAAACGGCUUUUGUAUAGAUUCUGGCUUUUAAGAUAUAAACGGAUAGUGCUUAUGCGUGAGUCCUAAUUAUGAAUAUAAUUACUAUUGCUGGUAAAAUGCCGUAUCCUGGGAUUUAUGCUAUAAAUAAACAGAUAAAUGUCCUUAAAAUUGUAUUGAUGGUGGAUUCAUUAAUUUUACUAAUUUAGAUGGUAGUUUUUCAUGUUUACCUCCUUAAAAUUGCGAUACAUUGGAUAAAUGCACUUUAGCUUGCAUUGCUUAUGGAUAUUAAUAAGUUGGUAAAAAAUGUUAAGCUCCUCAAUGCCAUUCAUAGCUUGCUUAUGACCAAAACUCUAAAUUAUGGAACGGUUUUUACAAGAAAACCUAAAAAGAGCGUCUUGACCAGCUUUAAAAGCUCUAUUAAAAUCUCGAAACUUCUUGCUUUGAAGACGGAGGCUUAACUCUUGACCGAGCAAACCUUAUGGUAGAAAAUUGCAUUGGAAAAAUAUCUCUUCCACUAGGACUUGGCCUUAAUUUUAACAUAAACGGGAGCUAUUUUACCAUUCCAAUGGCUGUAGAAGAGCCUUCGGUGAUCGCUGCUGCUUCUUCAGCUGCAAAAUUCAUCGACGAGCAAGGCGGCGGGUUUAAAACAUACUCCACGAAACCAAUAAUGAUCGGAUAGAUUUAGUUUUCUGAAUUGGAUGUUGUAAAAACUUAAUUUUUAAUCGAAAAUCAUAAAAACGAAAUAAUUUCCUUUGCAAACGAAAGUUGCCAAAAUAUUGUAAACCGAGGAGGAGGUGUAGAAGACAUAAAAAUCCAAAUUUUAAAUGAAUCCGAUAAAAUUCUCAAAAACACCAAUAUAGACCUAAUUCCCUAAAGCUCCAUAAAUAACAACCAGAAACAAAUGUUCAUAAUUAAUUUACAUAUAAACGUCUGUGAUUCAAUGGGCGCAAAUAUCGUAAAUACAAUCCUUGAACACACUGCCCCUUAUAUAUAGAAUAUAAUAGGUGGAAAAUUGGGAAUUAAAAUCCUCUCUAAUCUUUGUAUAGAAAGACGUUCCGGCGCUUUUUUCGAAAUCCCUUUAAAAAAAAUGAAUUGGAAAGCCUCUUCAGGCGAAAAAGUUGCUCAAGGGAUACUUGAGGCCUAUAAAUUUGCUCAACUAGACCCUUUUAGGGCCUCUACGCAUAAUAAAGGCAUUCUAAACGGCAUAGACGCCGUUGCAUUAGCUACUGGAUAAGACUGGCGAUCAAUAGAAUCAUCAUGUCAUGCCUUUGCGGCCUUAUUUGUGAAUCCAAAAGCCGGUUAUUAGCCACUUACACACUAUGAAAUUAUAAAAAAUGAGAAAAAUGAGCUUAUUUUUAAAGGGUCUAUCGAAAUACCUAUAGCCGUGGGUUCUAAAGGGGGUGUUUUAGCCUCUAAUAGACUCUAUGAAAAUAAUAUGAAACUUCUAAAAUACCCUAAUGCGUAAAAACUUUCAGAAAUAAUGGCGGCUGUUGGAUUAGGUCAAAAUUUCGCGGCUUUAAGGGCUUUAUCUAUUGAAGGUAUUUAAAAAGGACAUAUGAACUUACAUGCUAAAAAUAUAGCGUUAGCAGCCGGAGUACCACCUCAUUUAGUCGAAGAGGCGAUUAGAUAUAUGAAAUUGAGAGGAAAAAUUUAAACUGCUACCGCAAAAAAUUAUUUACAGGCUCAUGAUAUGUUUUCUUAAGUUAGAAUCGAAGAUAAUAAUUUGUAAUAAUAACCUUUAAGUACUUUCUAUGUAGAAUUAGAAUGCGAAAGUUUAGAGGAAAAUAUUAUCAUUCAUGUAGCUUUUGACUGUUUUAGAUAGGAAAAGCCUCUCCAUUUAUCAAUAGAAAAGGAAAACAAUAACUAAGAGCAAGAACUUAAAGAUUUACACAAUAAAAUAUUCGGUCCUAAAGGCUAUAAAUGGCUCAAUAAGAUAUUUUCUUAACUAGAAAUCGUCAAAUUAAACAUCGAAAAUGAAUAAAAAUUACCCACAAGGGCCCUAGUGUAUAAAUUAAAGCUUUUAGUAAUUAUUAUAGACCUCCUAGCAGCAAAUCUACUAGCUUUAAAUUCCCAAAAAUCGAUUGUAGUCAUCCAACUAAUAGAAAAUUUCAAAUAAACCAAAAGCAGUAGAAGACUUGACCUUUCUACUCUUUUAAAAAACGAACCCAUAGAGAUUAAAUAUGGUCUUUCCUUAUUAUCUGAGUGUAUUAGAAUUUUCGAGUACAAUUUAGAAUCUCUCGUAAAAAACGAAAUUCUCAAAAACGCUUUAUAUUAGGAACUUUUCCUGAUUUUAGAAAGCCUUAUUUAAACCUAUUAAUACUGGGACAAGGCUUUAAACCAUAAUUUUUUCGACUUCAAUUCUUUUUUGAAGAUUGGAAAUGUGUACGAAAUAGAAAUUACUAUAGCCAGAGAUGUUUAAAAAUGGAAAAGAGAUUUAAAUGAGAAAAAUUUAUUUAGUUAUUGGCUUUUGGAAAGGAAUAUUUUCCAAAAAGAAAAUAUAGAAAAUCUUAAAUUGGAGUUUUUUGGGUUUGCGGGUAAAAUCCUUAAUACAAAAAGGGAAGCUAUAAAAUCUAAAUUAGAUGAAAAAUUCAAUAUACUUUGUGAUAUUACAUCUUAAGUUAUUAGAUCUUUAUAUAAUGUUGAUAAUAAUUAAAAAUUAUGA